CCGCGGCCAGCGAGCCGGGCUCGCCCGUCUCGCCUCAGUCCGAGGCGUCCAGCUCCAGCGUCCCAUCCCCAGAUUCACUUCGUGCACAAUUCUUUUCCCCUGCAUCGAGCUAUCUUUAUCGGUGUGUAGUGUUAGACUACUGUGUGCGGGGUUUUCUUUCCUAAAUAAAUUGUUUAAACCAGCAUUGUGUUAGUGUUCUUUUGACUGCAUCCACAUGAACGAUUUUCUUUUAAAGGUCAUGACUUUAAACUGCCACAACAAAUGGUCUGGAACAGGAAGUUGGUGUCAGUUUUUGAAUUCUGCAACAGAGACGAAUUUCCUGGCAUCGCGGUUUAAAAUGGUGAUUGUUCAGCCUGGAAGCAGCAUCUUUCUGUCAGGCAUACAGCGAGUUAAAUUGACCUGCUGGCUCUUGGUGUUUGCACAAUGACUGGGGUGGUUUGGACUAGGUGCCACAUGCAUUCAUUUUCCUAGCCUGUUUCAGGCGUGAGUCAGCUGCUGCCUUGGAUUGGAUUUUUCCACAGUACCUUGGUGUAAUUAUUCCCGUCCGGACCAUUUAGCUCAGCUUUGAUUCCAGGGUUGCAACAUUUGUUCGUGAGUCAGAUGGCACCAGGUUCAAGUCCUAUUUUAGAAAGUUCAAUUUGGAUAAGUUUAAAUCAAAGUCCAUCUGCUCCCUCAGUAGUAUACAGAAUAUCUCACUGCACUGCUUUAAAGAGGACCAAAUGAGUCAUGUCAAGGUUACAAAAAGCUUAUCUGGUUGUCAUUGUAAUACUGUUUCUAGGAGCUGGCUGGGUGUAAUUUGGCUGCUGUUUAAAAUAGUCACCCUUCCAUUUUCUUUCAUAGUGGCCUGUUCAGGGACAACAAGGGCACUGAAGCAGCCCUUCCAGGGAGUCAGGGUGAAGAAUCCUGUCAAGGACCUCCUUGAUUAUUUCAGGAGCACUCGCUCAGGCACCAAACUGGAAAGUCACUUGCCUCAGUCAAACUCAUCAGAAGAACCAUUUUCUCAAAUAAGAGGUCUCCUGAGUGGCCGAAAGAGAUCAGCUUUGGAGAACCUGAUCGAUGCACCUCCCUAUAAACAUUCUGCAACACCUGUAUCAUCCUACCCACUGACUCCACCCCAGACUCCAAACUCUGAGAAUUCAGAUGGAUCCCAUAAAACCAAAUCAAGAAAUGAUGUAAAUCCAGAUGUUCUUGAGGCUAUAAUAAACAUGUUGCAGAAUGAUGCCCAUGAGAUUUCUCUGAAUACAGUUCAGGUCAAUUGGGCCAAUGUUGCCAAGAAUGAUCAUGCUCUUCAAAGAGAUGGGAAAUUGCACAACAACAGUUAUAUGCAGGAACUACGCGACUGCCGACUAUCCCCUGAACAGUGCCACGAAUUUCAGCCAUACCCAAUGCAGAGUCCUCCACAAAUAUCUGGACAACAGGAUGGGCUUCAGUCACUUCAAGUUCUUGCCAGCAGACUGGACCGAGAUUUUCAGCAGAUCCCAAAUGAUAUGACAGGCCUUGCUUUUCCAAUGCAUCUGAAUCCAUCCAUGCCUGAUGAGUUCUCAUUUCCUCCAGUUAGUCAUCAAAUUGUGGGCAGUCAACAAUCAUCUGAAUUUUAUAUGCAAGCUAUACAGCCCAACUCCCAGGGUGAUGUAUUGCAGCCUGCCUCCAUGUACUAUCCAUCACAACGUCAAGGCAAGUCCUUCUUUGAAUGGCAACUUGAACAAGAAGAGAAGAAAUUGUCCCAUCUUACUCAAGAGCAACUUCUUUCCAAAGACUCUGAUGGUGACACUCUUUUACACAUUGCUGCUGCACAGGGCAGACGUGCUCUUACCUAUGUCCUCGGAAAGAAGAUGGCUGCACUUAACAUGAUAGAUGUUAAAGAACACAAUGGUCAGAGUGCUUUGCAAGUAGCUGUUGCUGCUAACCAGCACUUGAUUGUCCAGGACCUAGUAACCCUUGGAGCACAAGUGAAUACUUCAGAUCGCUGGGGCAGAACACCACUGCAUGUAGUUGCAGAAAAGGGUCACUUUCAAGUGCUUGUGGCCAUUGAAAAAGGAAUUAUACAAAAUUGUCAGCAUCUCAAUCUGGAAGUGACAAACUUUGAUGGCAUGACUGCUCUGCAUUGUGCAGUCCUGGCCCAGAACCGUUUGGUGCAUGAGCUUCAGAAUAAAAUUCAACAGCAGCCUCAUUCUCUUGUGACACAGGAGUUGUCCAUGAAAAGCAAGAACUUACUGGAUACUAUUAAAACCUUAUUACAAAUGGGAGCAUCUAUUGAAACUCGGGAUCGGAAAAGCGGUCGCACUCCUCUGCACUUGGCUGCAGAAGAAGCAAACGUUGAUCUUUUGCGUUACUUUCUCGAGCAACCAACCAGUCUGAAUGUUGUAAAUGCUAAGGCUUAUAAUGGGAACACUGCACUUCAUGUUGCAGCUGGCAUGCAAGACAGGAGCAGUCAGGUAGACGCUGUCCGGCUUCUGAUGAGAAAGGGAGCAGAUCCCAGUGCCAGAAACUUGGAGAAUGAACAGCCAGUGCAUCUUGUGCCAGACGGUUUAAGAGGAGAAGAAGUCAAGCGCAUUUUGAAGGGGAAAGCUGCCCAAUCAAGAGUGCCAUUCUUCUGACUUCCUAGUUUGGGAAGUUUGCUGUCACCCUCACUGUCAGUUAGGCAGUCUUGUUAGUUUUAUAUAGUGAUAUUUGCUAGUAAUGGCAAAUGUGUGUUGUUUCUUUGAAAGAAACUUUAAUUGUUGACUACUGUGUAGUACUUUACAAAAUAUACUAAUGGUAGUAUUAACCAUUUUAUCUUGCUUUAGCAUAGGAGAUUCAGUUGACUUUAGAUCAGGUGGCCUGGAUUUUGUAGUCAGAAGUGAACUGAUUGCUCAGGGUUGAACUUAAAUUGUGCCUCCCCUUUUCCUGCAUUAUUUUAGGACUGUAACAUUACAGUCAAUCUCACCGAAGGGUUACUGUGAACAAAAGAAAAGGCAUCUGUCUUGGAUGAUUUUAAACACUUCACAGAGCACAGAAUAAAAGUUCUAAUAUACAUGAGGUUAGGGCAGAAACAAAAUUAAAAAUAUUUCAUAAUGCACUUUUGAAAUAUUGAAUUGUAAUCCACAGAAAAAAGGGUGUAAGUUUGCUAAUCAGUAAAAACCAUUUAUAAUGUUUCAAAAGCUCACUUGCACCUUGAGCGAAACAGUACAUUAUUUCAAGGUGUUUAUCAGCAAGGACCAUAUGUAAGUGUUGGAUUAUAUUUUACUUACUACAUUUGAAAAGGCUAAGCAAUGCAGCUUGUAGAAGGGCAUUAAUAACAAGCAGCCACUUCAUUGUAUAAACUGGCAUUAUACAAUGGCUGGCAAUUUUUUACUCAAUGCAAAUGGAAAAAUCCAGGCCAGUACUGAUUAAAAAUUGUAAUGCACAGGAUCAGUGUGACAUAUAAUAAUAUCCAGAUGCAUAUCUCAUCUUAACUUCAAAAUUGCAACUUGAGUAUAUUUAAUUAUCUACGUAAUUUUUGCUCUAAACCAGGCAUACGUCAGUGGGUGUUUAUUCAAAUUUACUUCAUCCAGUAGGUUGGUAGAACAUGUGGGUCCAAAUGUUCAGGUGAAACAAUGCACGUAGUUUGAAAAAGAUUUGAUAAGGGUUGAAGGGUAUUUCUGUUUUUCAAUACUGACAUAUGGAUAUUUGUCAUGAUUCAUCCACUUCUGUGAAUAGAACUUUUUGGGUCUAGUCACACGUACCAUUGAUGCAAUGAAAGCGUAUUACUUCUGCAAAUUGUAUAAUUUUUCUAUUUGGGAAAUGUCUUACUUUUUGAUAAUACAUAUGUUCCUUUUAACAGGAAGGACUAGCCAGGUUUAUCGCAGGCAUUUGUAUAGGAGAUUCUGAGAUUGGUAGAUCUACUAAUUAAUAGUUUUGGGAUUUUUUUCAAAGUGUGAGGAUUGUUAUUAGGAGGAAAGAGGUUUCAGGAAAAUAAGAGGUAGAGUAUGGAAAUUAUUGAAGUUAAUCACUGAUUCUCAGAUUUUGAUUGAGAGAAGAAUGACUCUUUAUAGCUUGGAAGACUGAGUAACAGCACGUGCUGCCUGCUUGUAUUGAAAGAAAGUGACAAGUGGAUUGAGACUUUUGGAUUGGUGUACAAGCGUCACCUAUCCACUUCCUGAAUUCCUUAGGGAUAUAAAUGUAUUUGUAUUCUUUAAUGUUUGUAUCUACAGGUAUAUGAUCAUAGUUCUCAUUGAGGAAAAUAUUGUAUUUCCUAAUUCAAUAUGCCUGAUCCAUUUUUUUUCUUAUGAUAUAUAACUUAGUUGUUAAGCUAACUUUGUUGAUAAUGAAAUUAACUUUUUAGUCAUUAAAUCUAUACCAUAUUUCACCUUUGUACAUUUAAAGUGCUAAUAAUUUGACUAUUUGGGGGUAUUUUGUUAAAUCAAUGAAGUAUGUCUUGUGGACAGAUUUUCACUGUUAGUUUAUGCAACAUUAUAUUAAAGAUUUUAUG